AUGUCAAAUGGACACCAGGAGACACCCCCUGUGCAUGGUGAGAUGUCCAGCUUGCGCCAACAGCUGCCCGAGGGGGACACAAAAGAAGAACCUUCCAAGACGAACGUAAAAACCAAGGCACAAAAACAAAAGGAAGAAAUUGAAGAAAUUAUAAAAAAAAGCGAAAACAUAACAGUAGAGCGUUCCUUUUCCUUUAACAGAAGUGACAUAACGAUUAAGCCGGAACUCCUAAAAGAGCUCAUUACGCAAAAGUACCGGAAGCUCUUUCAGCGGCAUGACAAGGACUGCGGAAGUAGCGAAAUUCAAAUCAUCAUUUUGACUUUCAAAAUAUUUUUCCUUACAGAGCAUAUGAAGCGGAACAAAAAGGACUUUGCGUGCUUGAGAGGCCUCUUCAAAUGUGUAAGCAAACGAAGAAGGUUGCUCGUCUACCUAGGAAGGAAAAACAGAGACACAUUUGACAAAAUCACGAAUUAUUUUAAAAUUAAAAAACCGCUGCUUCCAGGGACAGCUGAAUAUUACAACAAAGAUCUGAAGUAUGUUCAUUUCCGCAACACGAAGAGGUUUAAAAACAGCGCGGAGCGGAAGAAAAAGGUUAAGGCGAAGAAUAAGAAGGUGCACACGGACAAAAUUUUGUUCGGCGACUGA